AUCAUCGGAUUUUGAAAUACAGAGACGAAAAUGUUACGCGAAUUUUUAUUUUGUACUAUCUUGCUCGCUACUGGUUUCGUCCAUGGCGAGAUCAAAAAUAAGGGAUGGUGGAAGAAUGCCGUGUUCUAUCAAAUUUAUCCACGGAGUUUCAUGGACUCAGGUAACGAUGGAGUCGGUGAUUUGAAAGGUAUUACAUCGAAAUUGGAACAUUUCGUCGAUGCUGGAGUUCGAGGAAUAUGGCUUUCACCUAUUUAUGCGAGUCCAAUGGUAGAUUUUGGUUACGACAUAUCUGAUUUCAAAGCUAUACAUCCAGAGUUUGGUACGAUGAAAGAUUUCGAGACAUUGGUGGCGAAAUCGAAAAAACUUGGAUUAAAAGUAGUUCUCGAUCUCGUACCAAAUCAUACAUCCGACAAGCACGAGUGGUUCCAAAAGUAUCUCGCCGGGGAGAAAAAAUAUAAGGAUUAUUAUAUUUGGAGAAAGGGACGAAAGAAUGAUGGAGUGACGCCACCGAACAAUUGGAUCAGUGUGUUCAGUGGUCCUGCGUGGACGUACAAUGCAACCUUAAAGGAAUGGUAUUUCCAUCAAUUCGAGUAUAGGCAACCAGACUUGAAUUACAAUAAUCCAAAAGUUCGAGCCGAGAUGGAAGACGUCAUUCGAUUUUGGCUACGUAAAGGCGUAGACGGUUUUCGUAUAGAUGCCGUUCCACACCUCUACGAGAGAAAUGAUCUCCUUGAUGAACCCAGAAGUUCCGAUCCAAGCGCUACGACUCGUGAUUACACUUACUUGGAUCAUAUUUAUACCAAAGAUGAUCCUCGAACCUAUGAACUUGUAAGAAGCUGGAGAAAGGUUCUUGAUGAGUAUUCCGAUGCCAAUAACGAGGAUGAGAAGGUGAUGAUGACCGAAGCUUAUACUUCUCUAGAAAAUACUACGAAAUAUUACGAGUACGGUUCUCACAUACCAUUCAAUUUCAAACUGAUCACCGACGUGAAUCAGAAUUCGAGCGCUUCCGAUUUUAAGAGAAUCAUUGAAGCGUGGAUGGCUCACACUCCGAGCACUGCUAGUGCCAAUUGGGUGUUAGGAAAUCACGAUCGAAGUCGUACUGCAUCACGUUAUCCAAAAAGAGAUUUUCAAAUGACUAUGCUACCGAUGAUCUUACCUGGCGUGGCCGUAACUUAUUAUGGAGAAGAAAUCGGAAUGGUUGACAAAAGUGACAUAUCUUGGGAGGACACGCAAGAUCCUCAAGCUUGUAACGCCGGGAAGAAUAAAUAUAAAAGUCAAUCUCGUGAUCCAAAUCGCACUCCUUUCCAGUGGGACAGUAGUAAAAAUGCGGGAUUCAGCAAAGGUAAUCGAACGUGGCUUCCGGUUCAUGAAAAUUAUAAAUUAUUGAAUUUGGAAAAUCAAAAGAGCAGCAUACAGCAAACACUUUAUAAGGCAUAUCGAUCUUUGAUUCAAUUGCGCAAUUCGUCCCGCGCCCUUCAGGAAGGAAAUCUGAAAAUUAAGGUGCUGAAAUUGCAGACACAUUUUUGUAACAACUGUGAAAUAUUAGCAAUCAGUCGAGAAGUUCCCGGAGAGACAGUGACUCUUUUUAUGAGUUUCUCUCCAGUGGUUAGCCUUCUCGUAGACUUGAAAAAACACAUGACACUUUACAAGAAUACUUACGUCGAAGUCUGCCCCUUUUUUACCGCGAGACAUGUACCGCGUUUCUUGCAAGUAGUCCUUCCACCUUGGCAGGGCUUUGUCGUAUCAUCUAGAAAUUAGAUUCAUAUUCGACAAAUGACAAUAGGAUUUGGAAAUAUAGUGGAAGAUUUUACAUAAAUUCUAGUAAUUUUCAUGAUGCGAUUUUAUCUAAUAUUUUUUUAAUUUUGUAAUCGAAUUGGAAUCCAUUCACCUUCCGCUUGAAGCAUGUGUGAUUGCAAUGCCGAAUAUAGAUAAAAUGUAAUUUUUUUUAAUAUCUAUAUUUUGUUGAAUUUAGAGAAUAUUAAGAAGUAUAGGUAGCAAUGGAAAAUAUGCAUUUAAUUAAAUUUCAUGUAAAUUUCCUGUAAAAAAGAAAGAAAAGAAUAAAAUUUCAAAAUACAUUUAA